UUCACGCAGACGCAGAAUCGACGUCGGAGUGACUAGUGUGUUCAGCUGUCUUUUCAUUCAACCCGCCUGUCACUGCCCGGCUGCAAGCAUGGCACUGAUCACAGGGCUUUUUGCGUUUUUCUGGCAUUUACCCCAAAUUUAUAAAUGGAUAUUAAAGCCAUAUUACAGCUUGUCAGUUCUUAUGACUGUGGCAUUCUUGAUUAUUCGCAAGGCUCCUGGCAUAUGCGAACACCUGGCGACGGACCGGGAGGACGGAAACUCCUGCGACUUUGACUGGAGAGAAGUAGAGAUUCUCAUGUUCCUCAGUGCCGUUGUGAUGAUGAAGAACAGGAGGGCUAUCACUUUGGAGCAGCACGUUGGCAAUCUCUUCUUGUUCAGCAAGGUCGCCAAUGUUAUCCUCUUCUUCCGACUGGACAUUCGCUUGGGCCUACUCUAUCUGGUCCUGUGUCUUGCGUUUGUCAUGACCUGUAAACCACCGCUCUACAUGGGCCCAGAGUACAUUAAGUACUUCAGUGACAAAACCAUAGACGACGAGCUGCAGAAGGACACACGCGUCACCUGGAUCGUUGAGUUCUACGCCAACUGGUCCCCAGAGUGCCAGUCCUUUGCCUCCAUGUUUGCUGACCUCUCACUCAAGUACAACUGCAAAGGUCUCAAGUUUGGGAAGCUCGACAUCGGACGGUAUGGAGAGGUGGCUGAGAGGUUCAGGGUCAGCACCUCUGCCCUCACCAAACAACUCCCCACAUUGGUGCUCUUCCAAGGAGGUGUCGAGAUCAUGAGACGACCAAUGGUGGACAAGAAAGGCAGAGCUGUGUCCUGGACCUUCAAUGAGGAGAACAUCAUCCGAGAGUUCAACCUAAAUGAGCUGUUCCAGAAAUCAAAGAAGCAGAAGAAAGCAGGAGCAGAGGAGGUGGUGCCGGUGCAGCCCGCGGCUGUGGAUCCAGACCUGCCCAUCGAGAGCAAGAAAGACCAAUGAGCCAGGGAGACCUGGACUCAGGACAUGGGACUCGGUACACUAUUAACAUCACUUCAGGUGCUCAUACGGCCUGGAUGACUUCUUGAGAUUUGACGUAAAAACAAAGCAGUACUGGUCUGAGUGACAUCCACAUGAGAAACAGAAAGAAUGUACAGUCUGCAAUCGUGCAGAAAUCCUUGUUUUUUAUAUUAUAUCCACCUGUGUCUCUACUGCGGCUGGGUCAGUUUUGUUGCCUUUUACCUACCGUAUAAAGUAAACCUUUAAAUAUU